AAGUAAUCAGUGUACACUGACAAUUAUACUCACCGCCCUCUGUCCUUGUAAUGACAGCAUGUUUUGUGAAGUAAACAUACGGUCCCAUGCAAAUGGAACCAAAUCCUAGUUGGGCGCUAUUUUCAUUUUCUUUAAUGCAGUUUGAUGCGGUGUGUGUACAGUGAACUCGAUGAACAGGGUCGACUUGAACCAGUUCUGGAUUGACCAUGGGUAAAAUGAAUGAAUCCAAAGCACAAAGCCUACAAUGAAUUAUGAAAUGCUAAGAGAGACCGUGUUUACAUGUGGAUGAUGCAGGAUAGUCUAUAAAAAUGGAUGAAGAAAGUCCACUAACACAAGUAGAUCUACCAGUUAAUGAAAACUAUGAAAAGGAAACAUUAGAUCCUUCUCAUAGAUCAUGUAAAAAUCGAUGGUUUGAAAAGAUAUUUUCAAGGGAAUUUGCUAAAACCUUUUUCACAGGUCAAUUUUUAUCAUUAAUGUUAUGUGGUACAGCAGUUACAAGUGGUUUACUUCAACAAUAUGGAGUUAAUGCACCAACAUCUCAAUGUUUCCUGAAUUAUGUGUUAUUAAGUAUAGUGUAUGGAGGGCGUUUAGGAUGUCGUUCAGGAGAAAGAACAUUAUCAUGUAUAAUUAAAACACAAGGUUGGAAAUAUGCCUUGUUAGCUGUAAUAGAUGUUGAAGCUAAUUAUUUGGUUGUAAAAGCCUACAGCUAUACAUCAGUUACAAGUGUUCAAGUUUUAGAUAGUUUUAGUAUUCCAACUGUUAUGUUGUUAUCGUAUAUAUUUUUACGUGUAAAAUAUCACAUCUCACAUAUAAUUGGUGCUAUAAUAUGUUUAACUGGAAUAGGAGGUUUAAUUUUGGCGGACGUGUUGGCAAAAAAUCAUCCUGACAGUUCUCAAGCUAGCAAUAUUCCAGUUGGUGAUGUAUUGUGUAUUUUUGGAGCCAUACUUUACAGUGUUUCUAAUGUAGGGGAAGAAUAUGUGGUCAAAAACUUUGCAAGAUCAGAAUUCUUAGGAAUGAUUGGAAUUUUUGGUAGUUUUGUAAGUGGAAUACAAGCUAUAAUUCUUGAAAGAAACAGAUUUGAAGGAGUAGAUUUUUUAUCUGUUAAAAUAUUGUUGCCAUGGAUACUGUAUUCAAUAUGUCUAUUUCUGUUGUAUUCUAUUAUGACAAUAGGUAUACGAUACACGAGUGCAGCAGCUAUAAAUUUGGCUAUUUUAUCAGCUGAUUUUUAUGCUCUAUUAGUAGGAGUUUUUGUCUUUAAUUACAAGUUUCAUAUUUUGUACUUUUUUGCUAUGGCAUUUAUAGUAUUUGGUAUCCUAGUAUAUUCCAUCAAAGAUACAGAGAACAGAGUACCAAAUACUCCACAACAACUAGGCUGAUAUUUUACUGGAUUUUCAUGUUUUAUUUCAUUAUUGUGAUUUUUAAUUUUAACAUCAAUUUUAAAUAUUUCUAUUUUAUUAAUAUGUAAAGGAAAGUUUAUCUUUUGUAGAUAUUGAUUUUUAAUUUUGACACUUCUAUGUAAAUUUUACCAGAUUUGGAUGUAAUGUAUAUUUAUCUAAAUCAAUCUUAUCCAUUUAUUUAACAAUAUGUAUGUAUAAUGGUUGAGAAUUAUUCCUUCGAUAUUUAUUUAUUUUUUUUUAUAAUGUACACAAAUUACAAUACAUAUGCUGUUGGGGUUUAAGGGCUAGUUUUAAGGUCUGUCAUAUGAAAUGCAAACAUACUUAAACUCAAACAAGUAGUACUAGAACCAGAAUUUACAUCAUAUAACUGCAGUCUGUAUAGCGGCUUCUUCGGUCCAUGAAUAUAAACAUACCACUAUCUCUUCAGAGAAAAAGGGAAUAUACGAUAUUAAGAUGAAAUUAUGUUCUAAAUCAAAGAUAGUUCUAGUAUCUACUAUAAACAAAUAGAAGAAUGUGAGCAAUUAAUUAAAAAUUAAAAUGUUUUUAUAUGUUGAUUGUUGUAUGGGAUGAUAAUUUAUCUCUUAUCAUAAUUUUUGAGAUAUUACUGAUGAGCUCAAUUGCAGCAGUCUAAGCAAAAUAUUUAAAAUAAAAUUACUAAAGAUUUCAA